AAAUGUGGUUUUUUAUCUUUGGGUCCGCCAUCUUGGCGCUGCAUCUGGGUACUCUUGGAAGUAUUCCCGCGAAGACUGAAAGUCCUCACCAAAGCCGGAGAAUUUCUGCCUUUUCUGUGUGUGUUUUUUACUUUUUUCGGGGUAUGUUUCUUACUUUUUUUGUAUGUUCUACAGACUCAGUCUUAUAAGUGUAAAUACACGAUAACAAUGAUAUUUGAUCGCUAAGUAAAAGCUUGUGCAGUGACGGUCUCUAAAGCGUGGAGCAGCAGUGACACCAAACCCUAUCUGUAAUAUACAACAAAUAACACUCUCGUGCUGUAAAGACAACGAUUUUUAUGCGGAUUUAUUUCUAUUGUGACCAAUUUUAAAUAUAUUCGAACUCCUUAUUAUUUCGGCUUAUAUCCCAUUUACAUAGAUUAUCGUAUUUACUGUAAUUUAAAGACACUUUAAUUAUAAGAAGCUUUUAAAGUUGACUCAGAUAUAUUUUGUUGCAUGAGCUGUCGGCCGAACUGAAGGGUAUUGGUUUUGGUGUUUUAGAACCCAAAUAGACUCCAAAUCUCUCUGGGUAAAGGUCAAAAAAGAAACUCAGAGUUAAUAGUGAUUUUACUCUCGGGUUUGAGUUGGCACGGUGACCCUGAGGUUAGUCCCUGCCAUGUUGAGAUAAUACUUAAUGGAAUAAAAACAUAUUGAUCUAAGUUUAAGUAUCUUCAUUUAGGACCUUUGGAGUCUCUGCAAAACUCACGUCCCUAACCAGUGCCACAUAUGUUUUCUGGUGUAGAGUCCCAGCAUCAUGAGCAAGAGGAAAGUUGGAGCUGCUCACAUGCCUGUGGGAGAAUGCAUCACACAGGUUUGACAGAUAAGCUCGUUUUUGUUGUUGUUACUACAGAAUCUGAUUUAUUUCAUUACAUUUCUGUGCAAUGUUUUUCUGGAUCUUUCUGUGCAGGUUCAGGAGAUUUUAAGGCAGCGGUUUUGCCGUCAGAGGGUCCCGGACAGGCCUGGAGGAGUGGAAGCUCAGCACAAGUGGGUGUAUUUGAAGUCACAUCAACCUAAUAUGCACCAAUUUCUACAUCUGUUUCUGUCAAACAUCGCUCUGAAUGAAAUAUUAACUAAGUUUUUGUUCUUUAAUUUGUAAAGAAAUACUAAAAAUUCUCUUUGAAGCUCGUGAUUAUGUUUAAAAGAGCUUUUCCUCUCUGAUUAAGUGUUUAACAUAAGAAAGCUAAAACUGGACACAAGUAACAAACUAGGGUCGUAUGAAGUAAGAGAAGAAGCAAAAAUCUUCUUGGACGGGGAUUUUUGCGACGCUCAGAGGUUUAAAAAUGGAAAUAAUCACAGAGGGUGUCAGGGGAGCUGUUACCUGUAAAAGACAUGUGUUAGUGUUCAGUCUCAGUUACAGUGAGUGACCCACUUUGCUUAUAGCAGCUUUGUCCCAGUUUGAAGCUUGAGAUGCUCCAGUGUCCCAGCUGACUUAAACACAACAGCAUCCCAGAGACUGAACUCCACCUCAGACGGUCAGGAGUCAGUUAUCUGCAGCUACACACCUCUCCUGUAACCACAGAGCGCUUUAUUUCUACCACUGCUGAUGCAUUGUGGGUAUCCAUAACACUGUAUUUUGCAGACACCUUCUGGGGCUGCUGAAACGGACGGCUGUCCACGGGGAGAGUAACUCAGUGCUUAUUGUCGGGCCCAGAGGAGCGGGAAAAACAAUGGUGGGUCUUGCGCUGAAAAUGGCCUGAUGGGUAAAAAAACAAACUCAAAGAUGAAUCUUUGUGAAGUUUGUUUUAGACCGGGGGAGGGACCGACUGUCUGAUGGCGUUUGUGUUUUUGUGUGCAGCUGCUGAAGUGUGUGUUGAGGGAUCUGAUGGAGGAGAAAGAAGUGCAGAAAAACCUGCUGCAGGUUCAUCUCAACGGUACUGAGUCUCUACCAAACCUAGGAUUAUUUUUGCACGAUUCGAGGACCUAUAGAUGUUUUUAAUUCAGAGGUUUUGGGUUUUGUAGGUCUGCUGCAGACUGACGACAGAAUAGCACUCAAAGAAAUAACACGGCAACUCAGUCUGGAAAACGUAGUUGGAGACAAAGUGUUUGUAAGUAUUUUGCAGGAGGUUAAAUCAACAUUUAACAGUCGUGAAUCUGCUCCUAAAACCUGCCUCUGUUCUGUUUCAGGGCAGUUUUUCAGAGAAUCUAGUGUUCUUGUUGGAGGCUUUAAAGAAAGGUAAAAAAAAUCUGCAUAUUGACUGUGAUCGCCAUAAUUUUAGACGUCAUGUCUGAAGGCUUUUCUCUCCAGGUGAUCGAAGCAGCAGCCGCCCCGUGUUGUUCGUCCUGGAUGAGUUUGACCUUUUCGCCCACCACAAGAAUCAGACGCUUCUUUACAACCUGUUUGAUGUCUCCCAGUCUGCCCAGACUCCCAUCGCUGUGGUGGGGCUCACCUGCAGACUGGUGAGCCUCGAUCAAUCACCCUAACUCCAUUCAGAUUCUACUUUGAUCCUGUUUGUGGGAUUUUUCAGAGUUUCUUUCUCAUAUUUAUUACAGGAUGUUCUGGAGCUGCUGGAGAAGCGGGUGAAGUCGCGGUUUUCUCACCGUCAGAUCCACCUGCUGAGUAGUCUGACGUUCCCUCAGUACCUGGAGCGGGUCCAGACCCAGCUCAGCCUGCCUGACGACUUCCCAGACGAGAACUUUGCUCAGAACUGGAACUCCAGCAUAAAGGUGAGUGAAGGAGGGUGAGGAUAAACUGUGUUUGCACCAGUUAUCAUUUUUAUCACCCGUUUGGUCUGAUUUCUGUCGUCAGGCUGUGUGUGAAGACAAAUCAGUCAGAGACGUUUUACAGAGACACUUCAACUCCAGCAAAGACCACCGGACGAUGAACAUGCUGCUGGUAAAACUUGAGAGUGAAAACACUGAAUUUAGAUGUCAUCUCCUGCACAUGUCCUUGUUCUUCAGUGCCUCAAAAUCCUUGAUCAGUGCUCACGGGUUCUUCGUCAUCAGUUUCGGUCUGUUUUUAUCCCCAGAUGUUGUGUCUGAGUCGCGUCUCUGUUUCCAAACCCACCAUCAAACCUGCAGAUGUGCUGGAGGCCAGCAGGAUGUGUUUCAGUGACGCCAAGGCGAACAUGCUGCAUGGUGAGAAAUAAAAAACAAACUCAAAGACAGGACUGGAUUUCACACUCUCUCUCAUCAUUCUGUCUCUUCUGCUCUCGUCAGGUUUGUCCAUCUUGGAGCUGUGCCUCAUCAUCGCCAUGAAACAUCUCAACGACAUCUACGAAGGGGAGCCGUUCAACCUGCAGAUGGUUCACAACGGUGCAGACGGGUUCUUUUGUUAAUAAAUAAGGAUUAUAACGAGUUUGAACUGCUGGACAGCUUCUUAAGGAGAUGAGAAACAGGAAAAUCAGUGAGGGGGAUCUGUUCAAAUAAUGAAUCCUCCCUUUUUGUCUUUCAGAGUUUAAGAAGUUCCUGCAUCGAAAGUCCAGCUCCAUGUACAACUUUGAGCAGCCCGUCAUCAUGAAGGUCUGAAUUUAACGUUAGAAGAAAAACAGUCAAUAUUUUAAUAUUUAAGCCUCUGUAAUUACAGACCUGACUUUGGUUUGUUUACUCGUGUCUCUGCAGGCCUUCGAGCACCUGCAGCAGCUGGAGCUGAUCCGGCCCGUAGACGGCUCCUCAGCCAAAACUCAGAGGGAGUACCAGCUGAUGAGACUCAUGCUGGACCACAGUCAGAUCAUGGAGGCCCUGCAGAAGUACCCACAAUGCCCCACUGACGUCAAACAGUGGGCCAUGUCAGCGUUCGGCUAGGACUCGGUGUUCACCCGCUGUUUUCUUCUUGAACUUUGUUUUUUUCUUGCACACAGAUACAAACCUUUAAAAAACCAGCACUGUGACUUUAAUCAGGGGCCAAAAUGACCACCGGGAGAAAACAUGGCUUCACGUCAUUAAAUCCACACCAGACUGUGACCGUUUGUCUCUGUAUGACACUUGAAGAGUUGUGAUCUUGAAAUAAAAAGAGUUUUGUUUAACUGACAUGAAAAAAAUAAA